AUGGUGGAGAACGCUGGAUAUGUGUCCGAUGACGACUUUGCUCGAGAGCUGAGGAUGGCCAGCCAGGCGGCCGAGAUGGCCACGGCGCGCGCGGCAGCUGCUGCGGCCAGCCGGCGCCCCAUCCUCAUCGGCUCCAUCGUCGGCGCCGGCAUCUUCAUCUCUCCGGCGGGCGUGCUGCGGCACUCGGGUUCGGUGGGCGCCGCGCUCACCAUCUGGUUCGCUACUGGACUCGUCGAGGCGGUCGGCGCGCUCUGCUACAUCGAGCUGGGCCUGCUGCUGCCGGAGCACGGCGGAGAUUUCACCUACCUGCUGCGCGCCUUCGGGCCGCUGCACCCGUUUCUGGGCGCGCUGCCUGCCUUCCUGCAGUGCUGGCUGGACGUGAACGUGUCCAACCCGGCCGGCACUGCCGUGCUGGCGCUGACGUUUGCCCAGUACAGCGUGCGGCCCUGGUACGGCAGCCACUGCCCUCCUCCGGCCGGACUCGAACCUCUUCUGGCGUCAUUGAUUGUUCUCACUCUGACUGCCGCCAACUGUAUCGGAGUCCACUGGUCCACCCGUCUACAAAACGUUUCUACGGCCGCCAAAAUGACCGCCAUGGCCAUUAUCGUGGCCGUCGGAGUGUAUUCCUUAUCGCAAGGCAAUGUUCAGUACCUGGCCACAGGAUUUGAGGGCACCACCAGCUCUUCAAGCGAGAUGAUCGCCGCCCUUCUCACCUGCAACUGGGCGUACGCAGGCUCAAAAACUCUCAACGAAAUGAGUGAGGAGCUCAAGGACCCUCCGCGAACGUUACCGCUCUCCAUUUUGGGUUCGCUGCCCCUCAUAUCUGCGUUCUAUGUGUUGGUGAACGCGGCGUAUCUAACGGUCCUCUCGCCACAGCAGAUGCUGGCGUCACCAGCGGUGGCCUUUCUGUUCGCCGAGCGAGCGUUCCGACCCGCUGCCUUUUUGAUGCCACUCGGAGUGGCCGUCUCUGUCCUAGGUGCACUCAACAGCAUGAUACUCGCCAAUAGUCGGGUUCAUUUUGCUGUGGCUCGACAGGGGCACCACAUGCACGUCUUCAGUCUGGUUCAUGUGCGCUGGUUGACCCCCGUUCCGGCGCUGGUCUUCCAGGCGGUAGUCGUCUGCGCCAUGGUCUUUGUCGGCGACGCAGAAGCGCUGCUGCGGCUGUCUAGCUUCGUGAGCGCCUUCUUCAACGUGAUGGUGGUAGCGUCUCUGUUUGUGUUGCGCAGAACCAUGCCGGACGCCAAUCGACCCUACCGGGUGCAUACGCUGCUGGCUGUGUCAAGGCUGCUCUUCUCGGCGUACCUGCUGGUGGGGCCCAUCGUCGACCACCCGCGCACCGAGUACCUGUACUCGGUGGCCAUGCUGCUGCUCGGUCUGGCCGUCUACACGCCGUUCGUGUACAAGGGCUGGUCGUGGCCGCUGCUGGAGCGGUGCACAGUGGGCCUGCAGAAGGCACUCGAGCUGCUGCCCACAGAGUAUUGA